CAAAAGUAAUGGGAGAUUGUUUACUUCCCAAGUCUUUAUAUUCAGGCUAUAGCUGCUUCCUCUUUCCUACUCAUAUUUUCCCAUAUGGUGACUUUGGAAAAUUCCUCUCCGAUUUCUUUGGGAAGUGCAGGAAGCUCUCACUGGUAGAGGGUUGCCUGUUACUCUCUCCAGUUCUGCUGCUCACAUCUGGAAAGGAUCUGGCUUGGAAAGGGGAACUCACUCUGAGCUCAGUGCAUGUUACUGACAUGGCAUGAGCUGAGAGAGCCUGUGGGGGCAAGAGAAAUGUUCUUCUCCAUUCAUCUGAUUUCUGACAGCAAAGGGGCAAUGCCCGCCGGCGGCCGGGCGCUGCUGGCGCUGCUGGGGCUCCCGGCGCUGCUGGCCCUGGGCUGCGCCGCCGACAGCGACUUCUCCGAGAGCGGCCCGGAGCGGGGGCGGCCCGGCCCCGGCCCCGCCUGCCCCCGCGACUGCGGCUGCACCCAGGAGGGCGUCGUGGACUGCGGCGGCAUCGACCUCAAGGAGUUCCCGCUGCUGCUGCCCGAGCUGACCAACCACCUGUCCCUGCAGAAUAACCAAAUAGAAGAAAUCUUUCCAGAAGAGCUUGCUCGUCUUUAUAGACUGGAAACUCUCAAUUUGCAAAACAACAGGCUGACUUCAAAAGGGUUGCCAGAGGAAGCAUUUGAGCAUCUGGAGAACCUGAAUUACCUGUACCUGGCAAACAAUAAGCUAACAGUGGCUCCAAAAUUCCUACCAAAUACCUUGAUCAGUGCAGAUUUUGCAGCCAAUUAUCUCACUAAGAUAUAUGGGCUCACAUUUGGACAGAAACCAAACUUGAGAUCUGUGUAUCUUCAUAACAACAAACUUUCAGAUGCUGGGUUACCUGAUAAUAUGUUCAAUGGCUCUAACAAUGUGGAGAUACUCAUCAUGUCCAGCAAUUUCUUGAAGUAUGUUCCAAAGAAUCUCCCUCCAGCACUAUAUAAAUUACACUUACAGAGCAACAAGCUGGAGAAGAUUCCCAAAGGAGCUUUCAGCGAACUUGCUGGUCUCCGGGAGCUGUAUUUGCAGAAUAACUACUUGUCUAAUGAGGGAAUGGACAACGAAACUUUCUGGAAAUUGUCUAGUCUUGAAUACCUGGAUUUGUCCAGCAAUAACCUCUCACAAAUCCCAAGUGGUUUACCUCGAAACAUUGUCCUCCUCCACCUGGAGAAGAAUGCAAUUAAGGUGAUUGACAGAGAUGUCUUGACCCAAAUUAAGAAUCUGGAGUACCUUCUGCUCCACAAUAACAAAUUAAAAGCCCGAGGCAUUCACCCCUUAGCCUUCCAGGGCUUAAAGAAGUUGCACACUGUCCACCUGUACAACAACAUGCUGGAAAGGAUCCCCAGUGGGCUGCCCCGGCGAGUGAAGACACUCAUGAUCCUUCAUAACCAGAUCUCAGAGAUUAACAGGAAUGACUUUGCUACCACUUACUUCCUGGAAGAGCUGAACCUGAGCUACAACAAGCUCACAAGUCCCCAGAUUCAUCGGGAGGCCUUCCGUAAACUGCGGCAGCUGAAGUCCCUGGAUCUUUCUGGAAACAAUCUCCACACGGUGCCUUUUGGCUUUCCAAAGAACUUGCAGGUUCUGAAGUUGAAGGAGAAUGAGAUAAGCAUCAUCCCAAAAGGGACUUUGUCUGGGAUGACAAAACUGAGGGAACUGUAUUUGAGCAACAAUAAACUGAAAAUAAAUUCAAUUUAUUCAAGAGCAUGGAGAGAACUCAGCAGUCUUCAGUCACUAGACAUGGCUGGCAACCAACUGACAUCUAUCCCAUUAGGCCUGCCAGAAUCUCUGGAGUAUCUGUAUCUCCAGAACAAUAAGAUCACAACGGUUUCAGAGAAUGCUUUUGAAUCCACACCCAAAAUAAAGGGGAUUUACCUCAGGUUUAAUAAGAUUGCAGUUGGAGCACUGAAAGAAAGUACCUUCCAAAACCUGAAGCACUUACAGGUACUGGAUAUUGAAGGGAACCUUGAAUUCAGCAAGAGUUCAAAGAAUAAGGAUGACUCAGAAGAGGAAAUGGAAGAUGAGGAAGAGGAAGAGGAAGAGGAAGAACUGAGAUAAAAUGUGAACUACAUCAUCCCAUCAUGUGGGAGGAAAACAUAUGGAAAAAUACAUAUAUGUCUAUGUGCAUAUAUCUAUAUAGAUACACAGAGAACAUUUAGCAAACGUGCAAUGAAUUCUGCAGAAACUGUCAUGGCACUGGGCCAGGCUCACGGAAGACAGUGUGUUUCAGUGCCUUAUUCAGGGAGAGACCCUGAAUGCCUUUCCAAAGCUUCCAAAUCAUCUUAUACAAGACCCAGGAUCAUAAGGGAUUGCUGUGGAACUCACAAAAGCUGGCUUUUGUUUCUUCUGUUUCUCUUCCCUCACUGUUUCCAUCUGUAAUAACAAUAUGGGUCUGUUUUGAACACAGGCCUUCAAAUGCCAUUUUUGUCACUGCAUUUUAAGUGAUCCAUGUUUAUGCCUCUUUUCUUUUCCUCCACCCAAAAGAAGCUGUUGUUGGCCGGGGUAGAUGGAUAUUUGCAGUAGUUUCAUGUGCAGAGCAGUGUAUGAGGCAUUUUGGUCAUCAAGCAGCAGUAAUAAUUCUGGAUGCAAUUAUUUCUCUGUUAUAACAAUGUGUAUAUUUGGAUGAGAAAAACAAAAUAAGGCUGGAUCCCAUAAUAUUUUAUCUCUACUGCCAAAACCUGCAGUAUAAUCCUGUUUUAGAAAGUUUUUAAGAUAAAACAAUUGCUCUUGUGAAGAUAUAUGUAUAAAUAUAUAUAUAUAAAAUCUGUAUGUCUGCCUUCCAGAGUUUUGGAAAAGUUUCUGUCUUGCUGUAGUUUGCCCACGGGGCAGUUGGGUGAAUGUCUCCAAAGGUGUGAUCAGAGGAUGGAGUGACAGGAUGAAGUUUAAUGUAUGUGGUAGAAUUUUCCACAGUGUAUCUCAUUCACACUGAGAGGCAGGAGUGAGACUGAUGAUGUAGAAGAGAUUAGUGAAUGCUUGGAUGUGUGGGCUCUCUGAGGAGAAAACCAUUAAGUGUCAAAAGAAAUUAGUUUACUUCAAGUCUGGAGACAGUGCCUGCUGUCAUACUCCCCUAAAGCCUUCCCUAUUCUAUCAUGUUGAGUGCUCUCAGCUCCUGUUGGAAUCGUAGAAAAUAAAGAAACCAAGGAAAAGAA